GCCGGGAACAAUAUCUCUCUCCACGACUAUAGUCUAUAAAUAAAUACAUAAACUUUUGUACAAAAAGAAAAAAGCAGAGGAAAUGGAGAAGUCAGUCCCAAUGAAUGAUUGGAAAGCCAUGAAAGCUCAAAGAGCAAUAAACAGAGUCCAUUUAUUCAUCCAUGGCGCUGCUUUAGCUGCCCUGUUUUACUACAGAAUCACCACCAUAGCCACAACCACAAGCAGCAGUACUCAUUUUGUAGCCCACCUUGUCAUCUUCACGGCCGAGCUGACUCUCUCCUUUAUAUGGCUGCUCAGCCAGGCUUCUCUGUGGAACCCCGUUGCUCGAACGGUGUAUCCGGAGAGACUCCCUUCCGACGAUGAUCUUCCAUCGUUGGAUGUGUUCAUCUGCACCGCCGAUCCCGUGAAGGAGCCAAGCUUGGGUGUCAUGAACACCGUUAUAUCGGCCUUGGCUCUCGACUACCCUCCUACUAAACUCCAUCUCUAUCUCUCCGACGAUGGGGGCUCACCUGUCACGCUCCGCGCCCUGCAACAGGCGCGGAGCUUUGCCAAGGUGUGGCUCCCGUUUUGUAGGAAGUAUAAGCUGAAGAACAGGUGCCCUCAACCUUAUUUUUUGGGAGAGGAGAUAAUUGGCCUUGAAGAAGGAAGAGUUGGUGAUAGUGAUAGUGAUAGUGAUAGUGAUCACUCUUUUGUUGAUAAGAAGGCAAUUGAGGAAGCGUAUGAGGAUUUCAAGAUCUCUUUGGGCAAGAUUGUGAUUGAGGAAGACGUUGGAGCCAGUAGGGACCAUUCAUCAACUAUCGAGGUGAUGAGUGAUGAUGAAGAGUUUCCGCUUGUAGUUUACGUUGCUCGGGAGAAAAGGCCGUCUCAUCCACACAAUUUCAAAGCAGGAGCCCUCAACGUUCUUCUACGAGUAUCAGGCAUGAUGAGCAACUCGCCAUACAUACUCUCGCUGGAUUGCGACAUGUACUGCAACGAUCCGACAUCAGCUCGUCAAGCAAUGUGCUUCCAUCUGGACCCUAAACUCUCCCAGAAUCUUGCAUUUGUUCAGUUCCCACAAAUAUUUCACAACAUCAGGCGCAACCAUGAUAUCUAUGAUGGUGCCAUGAGAUUUAUUUGGACAAAAUGGGACGGCUUAAAUGGCCUUAGAGGGCCAGUCUUGUCAGGGACAGGGUUUUAUAUCAAGAGGGAAGCACUCUACGGAAUUCGGAAACUUCAACCAAAUGUUGAUCUCAACCAGCUUAAGGAAUAUUACGGCUCUUCCAACGAGUUCAUAAAGUCGAUUUACAGAAGCUACAAAACGAACUUCCCAAGCACUGAUGAAUCAUUGCAGAAAGAGGUGCAAUUGCUAGCUUCUUACAGCUACGACAAGGGUACAAAAUGGGGGCAAGAGGUGGGAUAUAGAUAUUUCGCAGUAGUAGAGGAUUACUUCACAGGGUUCAACCUGCAUUGCGAAGGCUGGAUUUCAGUGUAUUUUGCACCUUCAAGGCCAUGUUUCUUGGGUUCUUCUCCUAUAAGCCUUAGUGAAACUCUUGUCCAAAACAUGAGGUGGUUCCUCGGAUUGAGCCAGGUUGCAUUGUCCAAAUAUUCCCCCUUGGUUUAUGGGGCCAUGCGAAUGUCAGUUUUGCAAAGCAUAGCCUAUGCAGAACUAGCAUGUUACCCGAUUUACUUCCUCCCUGUUUACAUUCUAGCCUUCCUUCCCCAGCUCUGCCUCCUUGCCGGUCUCCCUCUCUACCCUCAGGUUUCAAGUCCAUUUUUCGCGGUGUUUGUGUUUGUAUUAAUCUCAUCGCAACUCAAACAAGCGCAGGAGGUGAUGGCGUCAGGGGAUUCGCUCAGGACUUGGGUGAACGAGCAUAGGGUAUGGGUGAUGAAGUCAUUGACGUCUUACUCUUUCGCUGUUGCGAAUGCGAUUUUGGAGAAGAUGGGACUGGCCAAAGCUAGCUUUGUGCCAACAAGCAAAGUCACUGAUGGUGAAGUGGAUAAGCUUUAUCAAAUGGGGAAAUACGACUUCCAAGCUCCACCUGCAUUCAUGGUUAUACUGUGCUCCAUUUAUAUGAUAAAUCUGGGUGCCUUGGUCAUCGGAUUUGGGAGGGUUCUGGUGAAUGGGAAGAUAAAUGAGAUGGCAAUGCAGGCUUUUCUACCAUUGUUUGGCGUAAUUUUGCAUUACCCUUUGAUGGAAGGAAUGGUGUUGAGGAAGGAUGGAGGCAGAGUUUCACCCUCGGUUUCACUUCUUUCUGCUCUAGUUUCCUCUCUACUACUUUCAGCUUAUGCACUCCUUUCUCAAUACUAAUAUCCACUCAUGGUUUAAUAGACAAUUUACCUUAAAAAUAAAAUGUCUUUUGCGA